ACUGGAUCAGUCAAUGGAAUGGGCGAUUCUUCGAGCGGAGUUGUCUCGCUCAUGUGGGACUCAUUAUACACCUUGGCCAUGAUGGCAAACAAUGUCCGGAGGUCACUGAUCGGUGGAAUUUGUUUGAAGAAGAUGAACCUGAAGACCUGCUCGAGCCUGAAGAUCUGCCAUUUGUGUCCGGACCCGAGUUCCAGCCAAAGGAAAACACCAUGGUCAUUGUAGACAAGUCCGGAGUUCAUCGCCUGGAGAUUCGAUGUUGUGAAUGUCCGAAUGCCAUGAGUCCGGACAUUCAAAUGUUUCGACACAGAUUUUUCCCUGCAUCUUUCAACAGGCCAAAGACUGUCCUUGAAUGCGGCACCUCGGCGAUGAACUAUUACAGCAAGCUCCAGCGAAUGACCUCCAGCAUGUUUCCACACCUUGUUCCGGACCGAUACAGAGAGCUCAUGAGGGUCGCUCGACAGUGGAGGCAGUUGAAGACAAUGAAAUGGCAUGGCUUUGGCCAUCGGAUUAAUGUGCUGUUGUCAGAGGAUGAAUCGCUUGAUGACUGGAAAUACACCCGGUCAUUUGUGAUGGACGGAAAUUUCAAAGCCGAACAUCUGCAUCCCAUUAAGCCAUUCGAUGAAGUUUGGCUAUCCGAUGGGCUUGGAUUCAUGGUAGGAAAGGACAAGGCUGCUGACACGGUGGAAAAAUCAAGCUGCAACAACCACCGGGCAGUAAAUCAAGCUAAUGCUGCUCGGCACAAGCUGGAGUCCACCGGUAUCGGGGGAGUUGCCUGUGCCAGACACGGUUGCUUUGUCCCUCACUCCAUGGUGAAUUUUCAGAAAGGCGAAAGACAAAUGAACAUGGACUACGCCCUUUGCGAGGCUUCCCGGCACAACAUGGAAGGCAUCACCAGGGCUGUCACCUUCUAUGAUAUUAAUUGUCAAUACAACAAACACUUUCGGGUUCGGCAACUAACCAUCAUUCCCGGAAUUGGGUUGUGGCACAUUCAUGGCCAUCAGGACAGCUGCUAUAGAAUCAUGGAGACGCUAUGGGCACGGCUCAAUCUGAUCUCCCCUGCUGCUCGGGGAAUGUCAUCUCCACACCGAAAGGAAUGCCUUGAUUAUCAGAUGAAUGACUCCAAUUUCUGCAAGAUGAUUCGCAUGAAAAGGACUCUAUGCCGGAAAUACAAGCUGGCGAGGAAUGGCAUCUCGGAAAGUGGAAAGGCAUUUGACAGACUCGAUGAAGCAGCACCCUCACAUUUGAAGACAGAAUGGUUAGCCAGGGAGAGGAUAGCUCAGUCAAGCAGAUUGAAUGAUCCUGCGGCGAUGGAUGAAUAUGAGAUCAAUAUAAAAAAGGCACCAAGCAAAAAGGAGAUCGAGCUUAGAUUAUUAGAGGAGGGUAACGCCCGCAAUGCAGCACCCUCUCGCAGAUCUGUGGCGACGUGGAUAUCAACAGGGUUAGCAAUUGAAGAGGCUCAGAUUGCAUUGCUCAUCGAGGUCCGAAGGAUCGGAAGAAGAUCCACUGAGACACAGAGAUUAGACAUUGCCCGUCAACGCGAUCGGCUCCAAGGCCAGAUAGAUGGAUUUGCUCGGUCUGCUCUAACACAUCUCGGGGAGGGAUUUGAUGCAGAUGAUGAACCUGAGGACUUGAACACAUCUCAUACAUGGACAAACUCUCCCGAGCUCACUGUAAUCCCGUUGCCAUCAAACCUGGGGGUUGAUAGAUGCAGACGAUGCAUGGCAGAGGAUCUGAUUCCCCUGGAGAUGUCUCUUCGUGAAGGGCAGGCCAAUGAUGCCCUUCACAAUCUCCGCAUUUACCUUUGCAACAAGGCCAUCCUGUUCCGAACAACCGUUAGGCAGGCCAAAUCCCAGGCCCUGAAAACUCGAGCUUGGUCCCAGGUGACGUCGGUGCAGCAGGCAGUCUCCCUCCAUGCCAGCAUAUAUACAAAGACCAGGAAGCAAAUAAUGAAACUUGAGCCGGGGCAAGACCAGCUUCAGAAAUACAAACCCCUGCUUCAGCGAGCAACUCAAAAUCAGCACUGCAGUCAACGAAAUGAAUCUUUGGCUUGGUUUUGGUCUGUUGAAGUCGACCUCGGGGGUCCUGAUCAAUCGUGGAAUGAGGAAUGUGAGUUCCUGCUUGCAUGUCAUAUCCCACGGUUACCUGACUGGACCCAUGCCAAGUUUACCGAGUCCAUUGGCUGCGGGCAAAGGCACUACGAGAUCGAUGGAGGGAAGAAAUGAUAUUGGUCAAAUUGGAGAUGGAUUGGACAUGUAAGUUCUUUUUGUGGAAAGCAACCCAAUGGGGCGACCACAUGCAGGAAUCAUUGGAGAAACGCCUUCCGGGUCACGGAUGCUAUGCCGGAAGGCAAUCACGAAUGUAUUCAUUGCUCGCACAGGAUGCGCAGGCAGCUUUUCAAGACCUACAAAACGUGUUGAUAGAGGCUGGAGAUGAAUGAACA